AUGAGGGGCAUAUACUUUCUACUCACAUUUAUUUCCCUAACACUAGGCUACUCUCCAUCCAAUGUGAUACAAGCCAAUGAUAAGAAUUUUCACGAGAUUGUCACGGCACCAGGUAAAUUUACAUUUGUCGACUUUUAUGCCGAUUGGUGUCGCCAUUGCAAGAAAUUGUCACCUGUAAUUGACCAACUACUGAACUUGUUUGUUGACUACCCCGAGAUACAAGUGGUCAAAAUAAAUGGAGAUAAGGACGGGAAGAAGAUGAGUAAAAAAUACGUUGAAAUUGGGUAUCCCACAUUGUUGAUGUUUGAUGAUCUGGGGAAACACGUUGAAUUUAAUGGAGUUAGAGAUAUCGAUGCAUUUAGUAAUUUUAUCCAGCAGUUGAGUGGGGUCAGGUUAGAUAAAUCGAAACAAGAUGAAGUUGGCGAGGUUGCACAGGAAGAAGAAGAGAAUAAAGAUGCAGUGAUUUCCCUCACACCCGAACUGUUUGAACAACAACUUCAAAACACUCAAUAUGCAGUUGUGUCGCUCGAAGGAAGUUGGUGCACGCAUUGUAAAGAAUUUGCUGGCGUGUUUGACCGUCUUGCAACUACCGUUUACGCUCGGAAUAAAAAUAUUGUGUUUGCGACAUUGACUGUGGAUGAGCAAGGACAUGGAGAUGAAAUACUCGAUAGAUACGGCGUCAAGAGGAUACCGGCAUUGCUUUUUGUCAAGGAUGGCAAUUUAAAUGACCCAGUGGUGUAUGAAGGUGAUUUGAAACGGAUUAAUAAAGUAAUUGACUUGGUUAAUGACUUUACUGGAACUUUGAGGGACAUUCAGGGGGGAUUGAAAGAUGGCGCAGGUGUGAUUAAACAGAUAACCGAAUCGAUUGCAAAAGCCAAUGGUAACUACAAGGAGAUUUUGCACCAGUUAGAUGAGGUUAGUGGUGACACUGCUCCAUUUUAUAAAUCAAUAGUGGAAAGCUUGUUGACAGACCCCAAUGCAAUAAAUGUGGAGUAUAAUAGGGUCAAGUUGGUUUUGGAUCGCGAUAUAGAUAAUUUGAGCGGUGGUACAAUCGAUUCAUUAAAACAAAGGCUAAACGUGUUGAAUCUGUUGCGAUUAUAG